ACCCACGUCAAAUUAAGCGCCUCGAGCGAUUUGAAUUGACUUCUUCUCGCGUGGGGUGGGAAUACUAAACUAAAUCCAAAUUAAUGCCGCAAAAUGUGCUUAAAAGUCGAUUAAACAACUGAAUCAAGUACCUAGCAGAUGUUAUUCCAGAACUUCACGAAAACCCUUUCAAUCCGUUAAACUUAAUGUCCCGAAAAUAUAUUAUGCCAAUUUCCUCAUAGUUGACAGCGUCUUUUCCUUGGAACUAAUAAUAAAAACAAAACAUGCCGCUUCCAGUAGUGGACGGCCUCUAUUUUUGUUGUGUAAAAUGGUGAAAUGUAAACAGUAGCAGUGAUGUCAAGUAAAUUUCUAAAUCUUGAUGGCCUGAAGGAGUGCUUGGGGUCUGAAAACCCAGCAAAGGCGAAGGAGAUAGUGGAAAAUGCCUGCAAGUUCUUUGAUCAAGACUUAACUUCGGCGGAACUAGCCCAUGCCAUUGAGGUCCUAUUUCAUGAUGUUAAUGGUGCCCUCGCUUUCGUCAACAAGUCCAUCAGGCACAACAAACUAUUCAACGUUUCAAACGUUGCCAUUUUCGAACUUUGGAGCAAAUUAUUCUCAAACUAUGCAAAAGAAAUCAACUUUGAUGCCUACAUCGAAAAUGCUUCCACAACCUGCUUGCAAUAUGCAGUAUCGACUGUCGUUUCUGCAAAGGAGAAAGAAUGCGCUACAAUUGUGAUGCAAGAACUAGUCCAGAAUGGUUUGAUGCGUGAAACGGACGUGUCUCCUAUUGUUACAAAGCUGUUGGCAAUUGUAAUGAAUCAAAAGAUUAAACAAAGCACAUUUUUGCAAGAAGUGUAUAAGUUACUGGGGAUAAUCGCUCGUAACUCGCCUAAUGGCAUGACCAGUGUGGUUGACGCUGAGUCAAUGCGGGAUGUGUUUUUGAAACCUUUGGAAAUUGUUUUGUUGAAUGAAGAAACGCUCCAAUUCAAUACGCUAACAGGAGCUCUACAAGGACUUAAUCUAUAUUUGAUGAGUUUCGCACCAUCCCCAGAGGCAGAACCAGAUGUUUGUAAGCGAAUAUAUACGUGCGUGAAAAGGCUAUCGGAUCCAAUGGACAGCAGCAAGAAGGCUACAUUCCGGGCAGCAAUUGAGCUAUUCACAACGCAUACAUCUCUAUUUGGAUCACUGAUAUUCAAAGAUGCCCAGUACUGGCAUACUUGUCUGGAAAAGUGGCUAUCAUCAACCAUCUACGAAGAUCGUCGAAGAGGCAUCUAUGCAAUUCACGCUUUUCAUCAGGCAAUUGCCGCGGAAAUAUUACACCGUAAAGAUGAGAAUGAUCGAAACAUUUUGGGAUUUUUUAUGAACUUUUUUCGCGAAAAGCUUGAAUCGAAGGAUUCGCCAUCGUAUUUAUUUCGUAUUGCUGUACGUGGAUUUGGAGUUAUGUCCGGUCCAUGUAAAGCAUUGUUGCCGGAUAUGCUGGAUAAGUUAACGUUGUUGGUGAUACAGCGAACUGAACUCGUUUCGAUUGCGGAGGAUAAUGAAUUGCGAGACAUUUUAGAACAUUUUCCAGACUAUGUAGAAGCCUUGUCGCAAAUUAUAACAAUUACGGAUGAUAAGCAGGUAAUGGAAAUGUUGGCGCACAAUGUUGAAACUAUUACGAUUAGGCUGAUAAGAGACUUUCAUUAUUUGUCUCGAGCGUACACGCAGUUGGUGUUAGGAUCCUUGCUUAAGGCGUUCUUCAAUUUGAGCAAAGUCAGCGGCAAUUUGUUGGAUGAUAUUUUGGAGAAGGUUAUUUUCCAAGGAAUGAUAUUCACCUGUGCCCACAAGUUGGUCUAUGAUGCAACUCUGGACUGGUCAACAGAUAUCGAUUGGAAGGAGAACAUCACGUUCAGAGCCUAUUUUCCUUUGUGGGAAGGUUUCAUUCUUGAUGUGGAGAACUUUACGUACAAUAGGCCAAUGAUUGCAGAGAAAAUAUUUAAUUACAUCAUGAAAAGCUUAUUUGCGAUAGUCAACAAACUGGAUUUUCGCACGAAACGUCGCGUCUAUACUGAUGAAGAUGGGACUGAUAAAGAGUUCUACUUUUGUGAUCCUAAUAUUGAUUUGUGCCCGGUAAAACCACAGGACUUUCACAUAUUCUUCAACGUAGUUGACUUCCUAAGAGAUUUGUUUUGGGUGAAGUUUCGGGCCACGUAUUUUCGGCCUUGGAUUCAGGAGUUUUGUACAACGAUGCUUCGAUUGGCCAUACAAAAUCCUCUUGUGAGUGGAUUCUUAAAGUUGCUUGAGAUUGGAUUAGUAAAGGCCGAGUUUCUACGUUACUUUGACGAUACAAUGUUGCUAGAAGUUCACAAUCUUCGAUUGCACCUCUCCCACUUCCUCAAGCAUCUGAUAACGAAAUGUCAGAAGAUUUCUGGAGAAUUGCAGAUAUCGUGCUUGGAACUGAUCUUGAAAUAUCCAAUUCAUUUCUAUAGAGAGUACAUUACAGCCCUAAUACCAGUAUUUCAGAUCGCGCUGGAUAUAGGCAAGAGUACACUUUGGUUAGCGAAACUAGCCGUUGGAGCUGUUGAAAAAAUGCAUGACCAGUAUUCAGAAGAUUCGCCGGAAAUGUCGAAAUUCUUCAAACGAGUUCUUCCGUGCUUGGACUCAUACUUACGAAGUAAAGGCUUCGAGGAAGCUAAGAAUCCUGAAAUUGUAAAAGUGAGAAACAAACGUCGCAUGAAUAAAGCAAUUGCACCGAAAGUGAGUGAAACUGAGUUGAUAUCCCUUCAAAAGCGGAUAAUGGCAUUUAUUGGCAAAUUAAGUCCGCAAACUGCUACCGCAAUGAUUUUGGACGGGAAACCCCUCGAUAAUUUAGUGAAGUGGGAAAUGAACCAGAGUUUGCGUGUUAUUCUUCAUUUCCCGACAAUGCGGCCAAGUAUCUAUUUGGACACUAUUAUGCCAAGAAUAUGUGAGUUGGCUGUGACUUCUAGUGAUCGAAAAACAAAAGUUUCUGCUUGUGAAUUAGUGCAUGCUGUGAUACUUUAUGUAAUGGGAAUUCGGAGAUAUAAGGGACAAAUUUGGAAGGAAUUAUGCCGAUGCAUGUUUAUCUUGGGAUCAGACAGCGAUGGAACAGUUCAGCAGAUGUUUGAACCCUUGCUCAAACAAGUGAUGCAUUACAUGUCGAAAUACGAGAACUUUGAAGGAGUUGAAUCCUUAAUGGAGGCCUUAAUGAAUGGUAUUUCCAAUAGUGGUAACAGUUCUAUACGAGAUCUGUCGGCUGUCUGCCUACGCGAAUUUGUUGAGUGGAGCAUCAAACAAGUCAGAGCGGAACAAUUGGCAGCAUCGGAGGGCAGUAUAUCUACUAUUUUGGAACAUCUAAAAAUGUACAGCUUCGACUCAGAUAGCGCGAAAAGGAAUGGUGCCGCCUUAGCUUUCAAUAAUCUAUAUCGCAUCUUGCGAGAACAGGAGACAAUAUGCGACGUUUACUUCAUCGAUUUGUUUCAUACGUUUUGCGUUAAUUUCAAGCUCAGUGAAGAGAUGAGUACGAUUUCAUUAGCAGAGAAUUUGAAUUCUGAUCUGGAACAAGUUUCGAUGAGUUUAGAUCAUGUUGUUCGCGUCUUGAAGGAGCGAAAUGACAUUUUCAAUAGAGAGCAGUCUAACAGAAUUGUUCCCUCCGUGAAGGAGAUUAAAACGUUGAAAGACAUUGUUCUAUUUCUGGUUACUGAGUGUUCUUCAAAGCUGAUGAAUUAUCGUCAUAAAUGUAUCGAAAUAAGCAGAGUGUUAUCAGUUCGGGUCCUUAACAUAAAUUCAUAUGCGGAGUUUUUGAAAAAACAUACAUCUAUCGGACUUUUGCAAGAUAUUUGUGAAGGGCCAAUGGACGGAACGGGGAUUAAAGCACGCCCAAAUUUAGAUUUUUUGAAGAACGAGAAGAGUUCUCCGUAUUCAUUGAUUUAUUCAUGGCUCCAACACUUUUUGUCAUCUUUGGAUUGUUAUUGUUUGCUUUUAGAUGUUAACUCCCUAGAAGGCUGCAAUGAUAUCUUUGAUGGAGCCAAAAUCUUUGAAGUCAUUUCCUAUUAUCUAGAUAACAUUUGCUGGGAAAAAGUUGUUGAAAUUUUGAACAGAAUCGAUCCGAACCCAUCCAUUAGUAGUGCGGAUACAAUCGUGCAAAUGAAUUCCGAGGAUUGCUCUAGAAUCGAAACGAUUAAAACAAUCAUAACAAUUCGCAUUAUGGACUUUAUGUGUAAAGCUCAUGCGAAUGGCUGUGCUGAUGCAUUUCCAAGUUCAUAUUGGGCUGAGAAUAAACAUCUUAUCAUAAAAUUUCUAAAUCAGAUGAUAUUUGAGGUGCACAAACUGAACUUUGACUUUAGAGUGCAGAACAUUCGUAGAAAAUUACCGAAAUACAUUGAAGUUCUUAUGGAAAUUCUUCAUGAAAAAUGCGCAGAUAAACAAUUUGUGGCUGAAUUGCAACGAGACAUCUUAGAAAGUUUGAAAUUUCGCUUAAACGACAUUCACACGUCGAUAGAAGAAAUUUUAAGCUCUGACUCCGUAUCUGAAGAGCAACAGAACUCUGUAACUGGUAUUAAAUUUGUAUGUCAGCACUUAGAAGUUUUUCAUGCCGAUGCAUCGGGGCGGAAAUUUUUGAAGAAUAUGUCAAUGGAAAUUUUCAGUGAUUUAUUUUUGAAGAUCAAGAAAACUGUGCUUCGAAACGCCUUUGCUGUUGAAUUGGAUCCAAGCGUUGAGAAACUAGUGAACGAGUUGAUGUCUGUGUGCUUUAUUGUAAAUACCAUGGCUCCGAAUGUUGUCCAUUGUCUUUUAGACACAACGGAAUUGAAGGCGCAGAAAUCGGGCACAAUGAUAACGCAUGGGAGUCAUUUUUUGAAAGUUUACAAGAAUACGGUCUUCAAGUAUAGCGAUGAAAGGUUCAUUCAAGAUGUAAUUUCACAACUCCUUCGAAACAUUACUUCGUCCAAUUUCCAUCAAAUCUUAAAUUUUUUCAUUGAUCUCAUCGAUCAUCUGGAUAAAAACAGAAAGGACGAUACAUCAAGCCUUAAAGCAGCAAUUGACCAUAUUUUGGAGAAUAUAGCAAACAUCAUUCAAGUGGUUAAUAAAAAUAAUGAACAUCAAACAUUCACCAAAUUGGUGAGUAAUUUAUUGAAUGCUAGUCCGUACGAAGUGCAAAGGUUCCGAAAAAAAGCUGCGAGUCUUGAAGAGUGGAUUUUGGAUCAACUGAGAAACGAAACAUUAUCCUUGAAGCGAAAAUCGAACAUCAUCUAUCUUCUUCCAGCAUUGGUUGGACCCGACGACCAAGAGCACUGCGAACUCACUGAAGCCUUGGAAGGCAUCCAACGACAAUAUCUCCCAUUAAGAUCUUCAGAGUUUGCUAAAAACAGCUAUGAGGAAACUGCACUGAAAUAUGUAUUCAAAUAUUUGCUGAACUGCCUAGUCUUUUCCAAAUCCUAUGUGAUUUUAGAGUUUUUGAUCAAAUGCACUGCCCCAGAUAGUAAGCAUGUAAUCGAAUGGAUGAUCCGGUCGGAGCUAAAGUCAUAUACUUUACUGCUGUCCAUUAAUCAACAAACUACGCAAUUGAAUCUGGUCUUGAAGGUGAUCAGCGAUCGCGAAAUUGAGCCGAAAUUCCGACUGACAAUUCUUGAUCGCUUUCUGCUUACAAUGAUUCAAAAUUGUCAUACAAAGAGUCUUGAGGAGUUCUUUAUCGCUAGCAUAAAGCGAAUGUACGAAAUGAUAGAGACUAACUAUGGAUCGGGAAACUCUGGAUGGAUUGUUGAGCAUUCACUAGUUGAUCGUAUCAUUGGAUUUUCUUUGGUUGAAGUGAUGUUUGGGAGCUUGUCUAAGGACAAUCUCCUCAGUCGAGAUAGCGCGAUAGGAAGGCAGCUUUUAGGCGAGUUGAAAUCUGGCAACGAACUCGUCGGGAUUUUGACAAAGAAAGCGUUCUAUUCCAGAACUGAGGUGUUUGUGACGGAUGAUCCAUCUGCAAAGGAGUUAUUUCGCCAGUAUCAAUGCGCCGCUUACCGUUCAGUUUGUUCUCUUGUCUCCAAUACACAAAACGGGUUACAAUUUUAUUCUAAAUUCAUCUUUGAAGAAAACUCAACGAAAAAUGAGUUAGUUUGGCAAAAACUAAUUGAUUGCACGAAUAACACAUUAUAUAGUUUCGACAGCCAAGAGAUGGAAGAAUAUCUCAAAGUCAAGGAACGCUUUAUAUCGAUUCGAAAAAUCAAUCCACGACCAAGUUCCAGUGGCCUACUACCGACGUAUUCCUCCAGACAACUUCAAACUCAAAGCAUUUUCCAAUCGAGUCUAAGUCAAGAUGUUUCCAAGCUCGACUUAAAUUACUCCACAGUUCGGACCGACGCUGAAGUGCUUGCGCAAAUGGAAAAACUCGAAGGAACUGUUGCUUCAGUCCACUUGGAGCGCACCGAAUUGAAUAAACAUGAAGUUAUGCCGAUUUUAUGUGGAGUUAUUGAACAUAUGUUUGAAAAUAGUAUUGCACCGAAACCACCACCAGGAUCGGAAAAUCGACGUCCAUACAAGUGGAUUACUGCAAUUGCAAGUGCUAUGGAAAAUUCUGAAAAUCAUAAGAAUAUUCGAUUGUUUUUGGCGCAAAUGGUGCAGAAUUGUCGAGAGGUCUUUCAGCAUUAUAGUUACGCGCUUUUCGGUCCAGUCCUUCAGGUUUUGGUUGAUGAAUGUGCGGGGACUCGACUUAAUUUCUUCACAACUGAUCUCAUAGCAAUGCUGUUAUCUUGGACUUCGAAAAAUUUCUAUACUCCGUCGACUUCUGAAGAAAAACAUUUGAUAUCACAACUGUUGAAGUUUGUCAUGAAAAACGCUUGGCACGAAAAGCGAGAAAUAUUUAAAUUCAACUUGGAAUUGAUACAAUCCAUGAUCAAUCUAUGGAAAGAUUGUAUAGCGGUUCCAAGCCAACUGCUUUUGGAUGCGAUUACAAGAAGUCAAACACCAAAUUCACGUGAAAAUGGCUGUGGAAUCAUGCUUCUUGGUCUGGUGCUUAAUAGUGGAUUAGAUGUUUGGACAUCCAACACAAAACAGCUAUUCCUCCGCAGUAUAGUUAUGAAUUUGAACAAUGACUUAACGAUUAUCUACCAAUCGGCAUCAAGCGUCUUAGGGAUGAUGUUGAGCAAGUUGCAGUCGGAGGAAGAUACGGAUUUUGCUGAAACUCAGAUACCUGAAUUAGUACAAAGGAUUAAAAACAUGAGAGGGAAGAAUGAGAAGAAAUUUCUAGACAUAGUUUAUGGAAUUCAUAAGCACUAUCCUGAAAUAGUUGAUUCGUUUCGGGAAAUUAUCAUCUUUAAAAUCCCUUUAGCGUUGGGUACCAUCAAGUGCAUGUACUUGGAAAUGCUGCUGACACGAAUAGAGGCCUACGAGGGUGACGAUUUGUAUAAGAUAUUGGUUUCGAUUGGCAUUACGAGUAUAGUCAAGAGCUUGGAUUAUCAACUCCUCGGAUUGCAUAUCAUUAAUCGGGCUGUGCGCAAAAUGAAGCACGAGGAUGUUCAAACUAUUCUAAAUAUCAUAGAAGAGUGCAUCGAGUCUCGGAAGGCCGAUUGUCGAGAUGUAGCCUACGAAAUUCUCAUCUACAUAGCACUGAAUUUCCCCACCGAGAUGGGCAAUCGAGCAGGACAGCUACUGCUAAACGGUUUAAUGGAUCCAGAUACGAAAAUUCAGGAUCGCAUUUUUCACUUCUGGUCAAAUGAAACCUGUUUAUCGUCAAAAAUCGAAGAGAGAAUAUUGUUUUUGAUAUCAGACUACAGUGUGAAAUGUGAAAAACAGUUUUUAGGAUUCUGCACUCAAUUGUUGCUUGAACUGACAAUCAAAAGUCCCGAAUCCAAGCGGCAGGUGUUUGAGUUUCAAACCGACGAUGAUUCAAAACUGAUGGAGUAUUACAUUAGCACAGAGCCGCAAAUUAAAAAGACGAAUUCGCUACCGCCGUUGUUCGCAGAAACCCAUAAUACACGGCGAAGUUUAUUGCUUGGUUCGCAAAGUUACAAUUACGUGCAAAACGGAGGAAGUAAUGAUUAUUUCUUUGAACCUACUCUGGAUCCGGGGAAAACAAGAACUUUAAGUCAAUCUUUUACAUUGCCGACUCAAAGUGCGCUGCCGUUUAUAAUAUCAUCGCAGACUCUUGAUCGGAAUUCACAGAAGGUCAAAGCUCAAGAGGGAACUGAGGCUAUAAGUUUGAAUAAGUCUUUCGAUAGACUUCGAAAGCGGUUCCUCAAGGAUAAGGAGAAAGAGACUAGAUAUCGAGUGCUGCAAGUUAUUGAUAGGAGAGUGAAACAGAAAACUAAGAUGGAAAUCGAUUUGAAGAAAAAAGAAAGUCGUGUUGUCUUAUAUCGACGCUAUCGUAAUGGGGACUAUCCGGAUUUGCUGAUAAAUCAUUUGGCGUUGUUGCUGCCGUUGCAAGGACUAGUGAGGAGAGAUCCAGUUAUUGCUAGAGAGGUUUUCGUAUCCAUAUUUGCUACUGUGUUAGAGGCUCUUGGACCUGAGGCAAACAUGUUCAUUAUUUCGAUCAGCAGUAAAAUCCAGGGAAUCUUGGAAAACGCAAAAUCUUGUGAUCCUAUGAUCUUCGCAACGUUCCUUGAAAUUGCCCUUCUUCAACCUGCGAAGUUCGAUUUUGCUCCCGAAAUGAUAGCAAUGAUUGCGAAGGCGACAAAUAUGCUAACAAUUGGGGCAAUCUAUUUGGAGCAUCGAAUCAAUGCUGAUUGGGACACCGAUUUGCUGUCUGCGAAAAGUAGUUCGACGGUGCCGAUAGAUGAGCAACAUUGGCUGCAUUUGUCGGAUAUCUACAAUUCUUUGGCCGAGUAUGAUGUGGUUUCGUCAAUUUUCGCGGAUAAGAUGAGAACAGAUCCAAGACUUGCUGAAGCAAUUGAAUUGAAGGCAAACGGGAAGUAUGAGGAGGCGCAGCAGCUUCUUUUGGAAGUGAUUGAUAGGCGUGUACAAGUCGAGCACUACUAUGCCUACAUUUGCUACUAUGAAUGCUUUUUGGAAAUGGGAAUGUGGUCCGAACUUUCUAAAAACGUUCAGAACCAACUUGAUGAUUUCGAAGAACUGUGGACUGAUGACUACAAUACGGCUUUCCUGCUUCCAAAUCUUAUGCAAUCCGAACUGCAGUUGAUACUUCAGAAUAAAUCACAAAGCAACGACUUUCUCCGGAUCCUCGAAAGUUGGACAGCGGAUCCAGUAAAAUCGGAGUACAUGAAACGAGUCUUUUGCGAGGAGUUGAUGAUGUUACACAUUGCCAGUCGCGAUUUCCUGCAAGCUCGUGUGUAUGGUGAAGCUUAUUUGCGGGCAUUCCAAAUGGAUUGGGCUAUAAUAAGCUCGAUGAAUAAUAAAUUGCGACUAAAGAAUUUACUGAAUGCACAGAAGGUAGCAGAGAUUGAUCACUAUGCCUCGCUUUUAAUUGACAACUUCAGCGAGGCGUCUGUGGCAAAAUUGAACAGUCGCUGGGAGCGCUGUUCCAUUGGAGACUCAGAAUCGUUGCGGUUUUGGAAUUGUGUCCUUGCGUAUCGAUCGUAUAUUGGACAUUUGAUUCAGGAUAUGUUGGGAAACGUCAACAGUGAGGGACUCGAGUCGAUACAACUCCAGGACAAUCUCUUCAAAAUGAAUCUUCAACUUUUCAACACCGCUUUGAAGCAAGGAAACUACAUUCUCUCCGCAAAAGUUUUAGAGCAGCUGAGAUCUAGCCCCUGUUGCAAUCGCAACCUUUUCAAUCUGCAAUGCGAAAUUUCAACAGUAAAACAAGUUGUCCUGGAAAGCCACAGUAGUACAGCCAGCAACCAAGUUCAGAUUCUCAAACGAGCCUGGUUGAUGUCCGAUAACAUUAUCCAGAACAAUGAAGUAUUCAGAGAUGACACUGCUCUGCAUUUAGAAGUGCUGAAACUACAUUCGAAUAUUGGAGAACAAAUAUUGACCUUAUUAUCGCCGGAUAUCCUGAGAGGUGAAUUGCUUAGCGAUUUAAAAGAUAUAAGUGGUGCAAAUACCGCGCAACGGAUAAAACAAUACAUUUUCGAUCAAUCGUUCCAAUCAACGAAAAAAGCUGCUGAAAUAUCAGAAUCGGUCGCCCAGAAGGCUGAUCUACGAAGUAGUGUUUCGGACAGCUUUUAUAGAUUUGCGCAGUUCUGCUACGACCAUCGAAAUAAUGAAACCAACGAAGAUUCUGUCGAAAUGGAGGAGCUGGUCAUAAAGUUCGUGUUUUUAGCAAUGAAAUACGACUCCAAGGAAGCUUGUCAAUUAUUUCCAAGCAUUUUACAACUACAAUCGGUUGAAAAUCAGACGCUACUUUCGGCAUUUAGUGAUUACUCUGCAGAUGUGCCAGAGUGGAUGUUUUUGCCUUGGAUACCGCAGAUAUUAUCGCACUUGGAUUUAAAUAAAUCAUCCCAUCUGGACGAUAUUGUUCGAAGAAUUGCGCAUGCAUAUCCAAACGCGCUAAUUUAUCCAUUCAAUGUUUGGUUCGAACGUUUUACGGACGAACCAUCUUUAAAAAGACAUUUGAGAGCCGACAUUCAAGAGAUAGCUGACAUUCUGGAGAAUCCAAUUGCGGAUAUGUUCAUAAGAAAUUUAAAGAUUCUAUGCCUGCCUGAAGCUCUCCUCAUGACACACAUAGAGCAACUACUUAAAUCAGUUACACAACGGGAAAGACCAAGCCAAACUGUAUUCCGCCAAAAGAUAGAUAGCCUUGUGCAUUCCGUCUUCGUGGAAAACCAGGAACUGCAAGGACGAGCAUAUCGCAGUAUUCAAAUACACAAGCAACAUCUCCUAAAUCUAAAAACGCUCAAAAUUCAAGUGGAUUUUGAAACCAUUCAGGAACGCUUGCAUAAAAUUCGAGACAAUGUGAAAGGUGCCAUGCAGAAAGUCGAAAAUCAUAUUUCCCUCGAGUCGAUCUGCCCUUGGCUCGCACAUUAUCAAUGGUGCGGGGAAGAAUCAUUCCUAGAACUUCCAGGCCAAUACGAAGAUGACGUUCGUCCAAAAGUUUUCGAUCACAUAAAGAUCAUGAAAUUUGGGCAGAAAAUUGAAGUUUUUGGAUCAUUACGAAGACCCUUCCGGAUUACGAUUUAUGGUAGCAAUGCUAAGGCCUAUGAUUUUCUAGUCAAGUUUGGUGAGGACUUGAAGCAGGAUCAGCGUAUUCAGCAGCUGUUGCGAUUAAUGUCUUCGAAACUGGCAGAGGAUCAGAAUUGCAGAAAUCAUAAUUUAUUCAUAAGGACCUUUAAAGUAACUCCGAUUGGAAGGACUUGUGGUAUGAUGAGUUGGGUGUUGGAUACAAUUUCAUUGCAAACUUUCUUUACGAAAGCAUUGCUCAGCCGGGAUCCAACUGGAAGCGCAUUACUCGGGGAGAUGCAUGCAGGCCAUGUUCAGUUUUUGAAAGAUGCCAGUCGAGAUGAGAAUCGGGGAGCUCGCCCGGCUUUGGAUAUUUAUGGAAAGGCUGCUCAGCAUUACAGUAGGAAUCAGAUAGUCGCAAACUUCAGAAACCUGGAAAACAUUAUCAACUUGGAAAUUAUCAAACUCGGCUUGGUCGACAUGUCCGUAUCACCCGACAGUUUCUACGUCCUUCGAAAUAACUUUGCGACAAGCAUGGUUGCGAUGAGUAUCAGCAACUGGAUUUUAGGAAUCGGUGAUCGUCACAUCUUAAACAUUCUUAUAAGCACUAAAGAUGCAACACUAACUGGAAUCGAUUUUGGUUGCACAUUCGGUUGCGGUGUUCGAAAUUUGCCGGUGCCAGAAUUAAUUCCGUUUCGUCUUACACCUCACAUGGUUGGCACCAUGAAUCCAAUGGGUACAUCGGGUGUAAUCUCAAAGUGCAUGGGUCAUGCCCUUCGAGUGUUCCGAAAUUCAAGGAGAAUUUUGAUGGCUUGCAUGGAGGUGUUUGUACGAGAACCUACAGUUAAUUGGGUCAGUUCGACACGAAUUGGAAAUAUUGGCGGUGGGUCUGAUUCAUCCGAUGAGAAUUGGGAGCCGCGGGAUCGGAUCGAAGUCGCUGAGCAGAAAUUGUUGGGUUAUAAUCCGAUGCAUUUGAUGGAAAAAGAAUUGAGGGCAGGUGUUAUUGGCAGACACCCCGAUUAUUUGGAAGGAUACGUGAAGAUACUUAGAGGAGAUCAACAGUUCAACAUAAGAGCUCGUUUGCCAGAGCAAAAUUUAACUGUAGAACAGCAGGUGAAAUGUCUUAUAGACUUGGCAACUGAUCCCGCAGUGUUAGGCAUCGCGUAUGAAGGUUUCUUACCGUGGCUUUAAUUUUCAAAUUUCUAUUACCUAUAAGGCAUUGAACAGAACAGAAAUGUUAACCGCUAUGAAGGUGAAAUUUGUUAUAAAAUAAACAUAGUUUAGUUUUGUUUUUCAGAAA